AGCAUUUCCACAACACUCCACCUGCGUCGUCUCUCGUGCCAAAAGAUCGCUCUACUAUCACUAAUUAUUACGACUCAGCGUUAUCAUUUCACCGUGCCACAACUUCAACUCAUGUGCCGUUUAGUUUCGACUCGGUGCCAACAGCUGUCAGAGCCGAAUAACCCCAAAACUAAGCCGAUGUUUUGCGAUGCUACUGGCUGCUACGUGCUAACAUGCUAACUGCUGCUGCUGCAAUGUCGCAACCGAGAAGCGGCGUGUGGAGAUAGUUCACUUUCUGACUUUCUACCUCAAGAUUGCGCAAGGAAAGAUGGCUGUGUCGGUGAGAGGGCUGUGCUUCAUCAUCACCCUGUUUUUGAGCAGUUUCUUCGGGAGCAUCUACAUGCUGGGGCCCGUCCUGCCCCUCGUGCUGCUGUCUCCGGCCUGGUACCGCUGGAUCACUGACCGCCUAGUGGCCACAUGGCUCACCCUCCCUGUUGCGCUGCUGGAGCUGGUGUUCGGGGUGAAGGUGGUGAUCACAGGAGAUGGCUUCAUUCCCGGGGAGAGGAGCGUGAUCAUCAUGAACCACCGCACACGUCUGGACUGGAUGUUCCUGUGGUGCUGCCUGCUCCGCUACAGCUACCUGCGCCUGGAGAAGAUCUGCCUCAAGGCCGGACUCAAAGCCGUGCCCGGAUUUGGUUGGGCCAUGCAGGUGGCAUGCUUUGUGUUUAUCCAGCGGCGGUGGGACGAGGACAAGAAACACUUGGAGAACAUGCUGGAGUAUUUCUGUGAUAUCAGAGAGCCUCUGCAGCUGCUGCUCUUCCCUGAAGGCACAGACCUGACUGAGAGGACCAAAGCGAAGAGCGACGCUUUCGCCGAACAGAACGGCCUGCCCAAAUUAGAGUACGUGCUCCACCCCAGGACCACCGGCUUCACCCACAUCGUCGACAUGCUCCGUAAAGGCGACAACUUGGACGCGGUGCACGACAUCACCGUGGCCUACCCCAAGAACAUCCCGCAGACGGAGCGCCACCUCGUCAUGGGCCUGUUCCCCCGGGAGAUCUACUUCCACGUGCAGCGCUACCCGGUCUCCUCCCUGCCCGCCUCCACCGCCCAGCUCGAGGCCUGGUGCAAGGAGCGCUGGACGGAGAAGGAAGCGCGCCUCAGAGACUUCUACACGGGACGACCUCGAGCGUUCGACAGGGAAGGGGUGGCUCUGGUUCCUCCCUGCAAAAGCGAACUGAGGGUGGCGCUGAUCAAAGCCGCGUCGCUGGUAUACUGGACAUUGUAUAUCGCGUUUUGCUUCGUGGCUUUGUGGCUGUGGGCGCCGUUCCGUUGGUUCUUCGUGGUCAUCGUGGGCGUGUUCGUGCUCCAGCAGAAGUUGAUCGGCGGCAUGGAGCUGCUGGAGAUGUCCUGCCAUCGGUAUUGGAAAGCUAAAAAGCUGGACGAGAAGGUCAAGUAAAGCUUAAAGUUUAAAGUGCGUAUGAUAGGUCAGACCACACUUUUUACUCAAACUUAAAGGGCCCAUAUUAAGCAAUUUUCUGAUCUAUGUUAUGUUUCUUCAUCACAAACACACCUGGAGUUGUGUUUUCUUUCAUUCGCACAUGUUUAACACACAAAUCCUGCGUGUUUAGACAGAAUUCUUCUCUCAAACAGAAAACAUUCUCUUCCAGAUUGUGAUUUCAUGUGGUAAUACAGGAAAUAAAUACUCCAUUCACUUUCACUAGAAUCAUUUGGAUAAUUUCAGUCCUGGAAAUGCAAAUCUCUUCUGAGUAAAACGUAAAAGAACCUGUUAACUUUAAAAGUACCUCUACUAGGGCUAGGCGGUAAUACGGUAUUACGGUAUCCCGCGGUAUCAAAAAGUUGCAACGAUAUCAGUUUCAUUAUCAUCAUAAAAAGGAUAAGGACCUAAUAUGUUAGAAUUUUUCGAUACCUACAUUUGUUUGCUCAGCACAAAUGAAUAUGUAGUUUUAUUUUAAUUUAAUGCUAUCACGAUUCAAAACUAAUCGUGUCUAUAAUGUUCCUUUUAACUGCGUGGGGAGAUGACGUCCGAUUAGUUUCGUUCCAUUGUCACGUGAUGCUCAUAAGGGAGACCAAGACAAACUCGCAAGUCCAAAAAAAAAACUAGUACUUGUAUAAUUUGGCAGCAUUUUGGCUUCAGGCACUCAUUUGUUUAUGUUUUACACAAACAAAACUUAAAACUGCGUGGCUCAUUUGCAUAAACUAUAAGCGCUGGUAAAAACAGAUCUUUCUUUGUGCGCUGAGGCGGUUCAGAUUCUGUCGGACUAAAGGACACAACUCAGUGGAAUAUGAGUGUUCUUUCUGUGACAGAGGAUGUGCUGCUGAUGGUGAGUCUGUUCUGUGCGCGUAUCGAGUUGGAGAUGGUUCAUGUGGAACUUUUCAGAGAUUAUAAAUCCGCAGGUCAUGCACAGCUUUCCGAAGUCGUACUAAAACAUUUUGGUAAUAUGGUAAUACUGUAUACCUCUGUAAAAUCCUGAGAAGGUUUAACAGUAUCAAAAUUUGGAUCCCGCCCAACCCUAACCUCUACAUGACAUCACAAGGUGGAACAAAGCAUUUUGAUCUUUGGAGAUGUAGACAGACUAAUAAACCAGGAUUACUCAAACGUGUGUGAAUGGAAAAAAAAAAGCUCUGGGUAUGUUUUGGAGGAGGAAACAACAUUAUAACAACCUCCCAAGAGUUAAUUUGUGUAAUAUAAAACUUUUAACAUAUUAUUAUAUUCUGUCAUAUUUAAAGUGGGACUCGUCGAACAGGUAUCCGCACUUCAGGCUCCGCCCUCACAGCAAGGUGUUUGUAUUUGAAACAACUGGCUGUAAUCAGGGAAGUGCCGGAAAACGCCAGGACAAAUCCAUUUUUAGACAUUCUGACCACAAAGCUGGAAAUGUACAGAGUUUGCACUGAAGUUGCCAAAAAUGAACUAGGAAGAGUAGAUUAAAAUGCCAUAUACCGGAUUUUUCAAUCUGUAAGUCGCUCCAGCCAAAAAAUUCGUAAUGAAAAAGAAAAAAAGAAAAAUCAAACUGGACUAUAAAUCACAAUUUUUGGGGAAAAUUUAUUUUAUAAAAUUAUAAAAAGAGGCCAAGAACAGACAUUACUAUAAGUUGCCUUUCAAGAUGAAAUAACAGAUUAGAGAACAACAGUCUGAAAAGGCGUCUGGUAUGUUAACAGAACAUAUGAACAGUUCUUCAGAUAACUGUAGCAUAAACAGAACAAGUUUACCAAACGCUCCAUCUCACUCCAAAUCACUAAAUCCAUCAAAUACUUCUGAGCAACUUCAUUAACUCUAAAAUGUAACUUUUAGCCCACGAUUUGCUUUUUUUGUUUUCUUCAUUGCAGUUCAAGUAUCCUCUGUUUUCACCAGUCCCUCACAAGUUUCUCACUCACUCCAAACUUUCUUUCUGCUGCUCAGUUACUGUUUUUGGCAGAAUAUUUAGCUACUUGCAGCUUGUAAUCUGCAAAAUAUGAUUAACAGUUUAUUGCCGUGUGAUAAAAUAAGUUAUGAUGCUAAAUGAACAUUAGUGAGUGAGAUACGAAGGUCUUAAUAACUGUAUGUGUUAAAUGCAGGUGAGUGCAUAAAUAACGAAAAGAAACAUCUUAAACUUCAGUGUCCGGACGUCCACUCAUACCUGAUCUCAUAGUCUGAAAUCUGCUGAAAUCUUACAAAACACGGACAUGAUACAGACAAGACCGAGGCUCUUUCUGCAGGAGACAUGCACAGUAGAGUGAAGUGACGGUGGUACAGGAGUAAUAGGAGUAGCAGAUACUGACACACAAGCCUGAAGCGCCCUCUUGUGGCUAUCACUGUAAAAAUAAUAAACAUAUGAAAUUAUAUGUUUUAAUAUACAAAUUGCACCUGAGUAUAAUUCACAGGAACCACCCAAACCAUGAAAAAAAGUGUGAUUUAUAGUCCAAAAACUACGGUACACAGUUGAUUUGUAAAAGUAUAGUCUAGUUUCCUCUAUUUUUUUAUUUAGGUAACAUUUAUUAUUUCAUUUCGUGGUUGUACACGGUAAGUAGAUGUGACAUAAAAGUAAUUUCGUAACUGUUACCUGGCAGCCAUCAUGUAAAACAGGUUACGAUUAGACUAAUGCAAAUAAAUAUUAACACUAGCGUUGUCACUAUGCUGAAAUUUUUAGCUCGAUUUUGAUACUAAGUAAUAGACUUGAUACCUGAUACCGAUACCACGAUGAUAAUAAAAACUCUUUCUUUAGACAAUAGAAUAUGAUUUUCAACAUUAAAUCAUCAUACUUAUCUAAUAUCUGUGUUUAAUUUAAAAACUCAGCACUAUUCUGUCUUUUUGGACUUUUUUUCUCAGCUUUUUUCCCCCCUCAAACUGGCACUGAACUGAACUGAAGUAAAACUAUGCUAAAUACUGAGCACAUUCACCAGGUCAGAAUUAGAAAAAUGAAAACCUGUCAUAUGCACUUGAACUGUUCUUGCUCGUGCUGAUGCUAAAGUUGUGCCUGGCUCGUGGGCGCAGUGUUCUCUUUUGCAAGUUUGGAUAUGCAUGAAGAAAAAAAAAAUGGAACUGUAUUUGCUGCCAUAGGGUGAAGAAAAAUAUCAGACUUGAUUAUUGAAAUUUUAUUGAGAUGUAUUUGUUUUUGGAGUCUGUCUGAGUCCGAGAUUUUAAAUUCAUAGUUUAAUUUCACAAGUUUAUGUUAAAAGUCGACAGUGCACCUGUCACAAGUCAAAACUAUUGUUGAUAAUUAUGUUUUGGUUUUAUACAAGUGGAAAAUGUAUUUCAAACAAAGAUUUAUGUUUUUUAUAAUAACAGUUUAUGUUUCAAAUAUUUUUUUAAAAUUAUAAACAAAUAUAUUUUUACUUAAAGCCAAGGCGUUUGUAUGCCAGGGGCCGGCUGUAGGCAGAUCUGCGGCCCUCAUUUCUCUUGUUUUUAAAUGUUUUAAUUAAUGCCCCAUUUUGUGUUGUACUAAAUCUGCCCUUUUGUUCCGCUCCCUGAUUGAGUCUCAGUGGGACCAGACUAUUUGAUACCCACAAUCCAAAGAUUUGUGUCUGUCCAUGCUGCUCAAAAGUCUUAAAAACAAGUAAGAAAAGUUGAAGCUGUGAGUGUGUGGUACUCCUCAGGACAUAAAUGUCUGCUGCAGACUGCACUCUUGUAUUUGAACUGAAUGUACUGUACAUAGCACGUUCUUUUAAACCCGUGUAGUCUACCAUGUGCUUCUCCUUUUAUAUUUCUACAUUUAUCCUGAAACAAUUAUGAUAAUCUGAUUCUUUUUGCUGUAGGACGUGUCAUGAAACGUCGUAUUUGUUGCUGUUGCCAUGUGUUUUGUGUUUUUGUGUGUGUUAUAGAUGAUGGAGGAGAGCCAUAGUACAGCUCUAAAGCACUGACCAUUCACUCAUUAGAAUCAUGAGUCCUAAACUCCUGUGGUCUCCUCAGGUCAUGGACUGAAUGGACAAAUCAAACUGAAGUAGUGAAUGUAGAGGCCAUUUCAAGAAAUGCUCCUUUAUAGAGUUUACAAAGUGCACAGAAAGUGCAGUCGCCUCUGUUCAAACAGGCCAGUGGGAGGAGGCGCGCAGUAGAUCUGUGUCCCUCCCUACAGGGGGCAUUAGAUCUGUGUCCCUCCCUACAUGGGGCAGUAGAUCUGUGCCUCUCCCUACAGGGGGCAUUAGAUCUGUGUCCUCUUCAGGGGGCAGUAGACCCGUGUCCUUCCCCAGAGGAGAGAAGAGUCACAGGUCUGAAUAAGGCUGUGCUCUGUGCUCUGCUGCAGCUGGGGCAGGUCCACACAGGACCACACUUGGAGUGGAAAAGCAGCUCAGGAUAGUCCUAAUCCACAAAGCCCCAUAAUGCCCCUCUCCCUGGUCCUGAUCAGAGGACAGACCGGUGCGGUGGCUAAGCCUAAUUAGAAAAUGACAGCUGGCGACGUCUGUGCCAAAAAAUACUCAAAUGAGAUUUGAUUGCACAAUCAGGAGCUGAUUUGCCAUAACCCCUGUCUGAUUUGUAUCAUUUUGGUGAAACAGUCAUGUGUGCGGUACUGAUGCCCUCCCAGAGUCUAGACUGACUGAAGAGUGCACACAGCCAGAGCAGGGGGCACUGAGGGGGCCUCAUGUCUCAUACCUGUCACUAUAUAUGUUAUAAAUAUGUACACAUGUGUGUGUAUGUGCCCCUCAGAGCAGCUCGUGCUGGGCUGUCCGUCUGUCUUACACAGAGACCGUCCCCAUGCACUGUCCUCAGGUCUUUACAGUGGACACUACAAGACACUGUCUAAAAGAAAAUAGGAAAAUAAACUUGUAUGAGCAACUGA